CGGGAUGACAAAAUUGCGAAGCCCAGUUUUCAUAAUGGCAGCAUUUUCUCUUUCUCGCACAGCUGAUAGCCACUCCCGUGCUUUUUUCCUCCGAGCGCAGAGCCGCCGCCGCCGUAGAGGACCAAGCCACCAGGGCGACGGCGAGCGCCGUCCCGUUCCGCCCCUUUCUUGCUGCAGGCGAACGCCAUCCCGUCUCUUGCUGAUGCAGAGGAGCCGACCUACGGCUGCGACGCCGAGCUGGAGCUGGAGGCCACGGCGGUUUCACGGAGCAACAGCUGGGGUCAUAUCGGCCGCGGAUGCGGAGUAGGAACAGCCGGUGCCUAAUCGGAUCCCGUCAUAUGUUUCCAACCGGGACAGAAGAGUCCCAAAUUUACUCUCCUUCCCGCCGAUGCGUAUUCGGAUUCUGGUUCAAUCAUCCAAUCCAAAUCUAGCGCGCGAGGGAGGUGGUCCACAAAUAUAUAUAUAUACGGAGGCUACUACGAUGAUUGAUGUGUAAACAGAUAGCAUCGCAGAUCUGCAGGAGAACGGAAACUCCACGAGAGAUCUCGGGGAGGGUGGUGUACUUCGUGUCGUCUUCCACUCGUACCAUGUGGAUUCAGAGCGAGACCCAGGAGCGUCAGCAAGCCACCUCAGCCCGGAAUGGAUCCGUUGCUACGGUGGACGAAAUUAAGGACUCACCCUGUCAAGGACAUGGUGAUGGCAAUUCUCAAGAUGGACAAACAUUCGGAUAUUCCAUCCCAUGCCUUCCUGAGGAUAUCUUGCGUCAUAUUCAUUCUUUAAUGCCAAUGGAUGCUGCUGCUCGUGCUGCUUGCGUUUCUCGCACCUUUCUAAGCUCCUGGAGAUGUUAUCCCAAACUAAUCUUGAGUUCAGAAACGGUCAAGGCACAUAACACAAGUUUAGGACGCAGAAUCCACAGAAUCCUCAGAAAUCACUCAGGGAUUGGCUUGAAAAUAUUGGAGCUUCAUUUGAGUGAUCUAUAUGAUUUCUUUCCUUAUCUCGACAGAUGGCUCCAUGAUGCUAUCACUCCAGGGAUUGAAGAGCUCACCCUUAAGCUAUAUAAAGGGUUCAGCUUCCCAUGCUCAGUUUUAUCUGGAGGGAUUAGGAGCUCAAUUCGGUCUCUUGAUCUUUACUCUUGUGUCUUCUGUCCCACUGCUGAACUUGGUCCCUUUAGAAGCCUAACAAGUUUGUGUCUGUAUUCUGUGUGUAUCACGGGGGAUGAGUUAGGGUGCCUUCUUUCCAAUUCCCUUGCUUUGGAGCGUUUGGUCCUCAGUGAUUGCAAGGAGAUAAUCUCCCUCGAGAUACCUUCCGUUAUGCAGAAGCUCAGCUACAUGAGUGUCGUUUGUUGCAGUGCUCUGCAAAUUAUAGAGAACAAAGCUCCAAGUCUCUCCAGUUUUCACCUUAUCCCAGGAGUUCGAAACCUCUCGCUUGGAGAAGCAUCACAAACAAUGAAGGAACUGAGCUUGUUUCGUGCGAAUGCCAUCUGCUAUGGUCGUGCUGAGCUUCCAUCCAUUAUGCCAAAUCUUGAGAGUCUUUUAUUAUGUUCAAGCCAUGAGGUGGAUAUACCAAUGCUGCCGACUAAAUUCGUCAACCUCAAGCACCUAUACCUUCAGAUUAUUUCAUCGGCCUUGUCCCCAACCUGUGAUUAUUCUUCUCUGGUUUCUUUCUUGGAUGCAUCUCCUUUCUUGGAGACUUGGCGGCUGCAGGCACCUCUGAUAGAUAUGGGGAAUGAAUUGGUAGGUUCUUCAGAUUUGAGGCAGUUGCCUGAACGACAGCACCACCACCUCAAGAUUGUGGAAAUGAUAACAUUCAAAUCUACAAAGAGCCUGGUUGAGCUAACAUGCUGCAUUGUGAAGAGCGCAGUCUCACUCGAGCGCCUUACAUUCGACACAUUUCGUGGCGAUGUUAGGUCUCCAUGUUGCUCGGGGGAUGAUUCUGUCGUUGGCUACAGCAAGUAUAGGAUGGAGCAAGCAUCUAGAGCGGUGGAAGCUAUAAGAAUGUACAUUGAGGAUAAAGUUGCACCUACAACUAAGCUGACUGUUCUGGAGCCCUGCGCACGGUGUCACGCCACCGCUUUUGAUGAUUAGGAUUAGGCAGACCUUGCAAGAGCUAUAUCCGGUGCUAGGAUGGAGUAUCAUUAGUGAAUUGUGCUUGGUUUCUUUGAUUGUUCGGAGCGGUUUAUAUGUUUUGUCUAGCCACAAAGGCAAAAUCAAACUACUCUUCUUAGGUUUGAUUAGUUUGGAUGAAAUAGUAUUGCCGUGUAUGACUUUGAGUACUUGUUUAUAAUAGAUAUAUAUCAGUACCCUUUUAUAUAAAUUUGGGUUAUCUAAAAAAACA